GAGCUCAGAGCGCUGAAGUCGGGGCCGCAAUCUUCUUUUCUCCAGCCACGCGGAUUAUUCUCGCCGAGGACUUUGCCAUUUCUUUCCCUGCCUUCUUUUGGGGACGAUUUCGCUGCCUUCCGAAGGUCUUGAACGAGCGUGCGGGCUCCGUGGGAAGGUUUUGGGCUUUCCGGCCUCGGAUUUUGCAUUUUCUCCCUUGGGACUGUCGUGGGGCUGUUUUCCACUGUGGAUUAUAACUGCAACAUGACGCUGGAAGAGCUCGUGGCAUGCGACAACGCGGCGCAGAAGAUGCAGACCGUGAGCGCCGCGGUGGAGGAGCUGCUGGUGGCCGCGCAGCGCCAGGACCGCCUCACCGUGGGGGUGUACGAGUCAGCCAAGUUGAUGAAUGUGGACCCUGACAGCGUGGUCCUGUGCCUUCUGGCCAUCGAUGAGGAGGAGGAGGAUGACAUCGCCCUGCAGAUACACUUCACGCUCAUCCAGUCCUUUUGCUGCGACAACGACAUCAAUAUCGUCCGGGUGUCAGGCAUGCAGCGCUUGGCGCAGCUGCUGGGCGAGCCCGCGGAGACCCAGGGCACCAGCGAGGCCCGAGACCUGCACUGCCUCCUGGUCACGAAUCCUCACACAGAUGCCUGGAAAAGCCACGGCCUGGUCGAGGUAGCCAGUUACUGCGAAGAGAGCCGAGGAAACAACCAGUGGGUCCCCUACAUCUCCCUCCAGGAGCGUUGAGACCCUUCCCAGCAUCAGAAGCUGUCGAGUCGCUGCCAAAAAAAAAAUAAAAUAAAUAUUUGACCCCUCCCCCCCAGAACAACCCCCCAGAACAACCCAUCCUGUGAGACCGCGGGGGCAGAAUCAAUGGAGAAGAGGGGAGUGCGUGGCCACCCCCAGGGCGGUGAGCCUGGAGCAGCGCCAGCUGUGGCCACCGUGACAGGAGAAGAGGGGGACCGGGCCAGCAGGAGAGGGGAACCGGAGCCCAGGCUUUGUGCCGGAGCAGCUGGAGGGGGGGGAGCUGUGGCCUCGCCCGCGCUGGAGGGCUUGGACCGCACGCUCCGGGGUGGACUGAGACCGGCGCUGACGUCUGCGUGGGACUCGGGCGACCGAGGGUCUGCACCCUUGCCAGGACUGGACUUGGGGACUUGGGAGCUGGCGCUGAUGUUGCUCUGUCCCCAUGAAGUCCCCGACUGCAAACGUAAUAGACAAUCUAUUUUCUUACUUGCUCCACUGAGAGAGAAGGGAAGCUUACAGAUACAUAUAUUUUUACUUCUAUGAUGACCUUGUAAUAAAUUUCUAAAGCUUC